AUGGAUAAACCAAAAUCGAUGAACAUUGCGAAGUGGGGCGCUGCUUGUGCUCCAUGUGCCACUUCGAAAGCCAAAUGUAUGAGGUCAACUGAGGCCACAGGCGCUAAGUGCGAUAGAUGCGAGAGACUUGAGAAAGCCUGCGUGGAACAAGUCCAUAAGCCGCGAAAGAAGCGACAAACAAAACCAUCCAAAACGGCCCAGCUCGAAGAGCGACUCAACAGUCUCGUCGAUCUUCUCAAAGCAACAAACUCAGGAGAACUACCAGCCAGCCUACGGGAUGCUAGCUUGUCUGAAGAUUCAACAUGUAUUCCAUCAGAAAUCGGUCCGCUUGGCGCCCACCCAGGGCGUUCAACAAUAAGUGGAAAUUCAACGCCCACCUCAGAGUCAAGUGAUUCUAUCGGUGUCGUUCCGUCAACAUACAACUGCUAUGCGCCUCCUACGUGUAUCUGCCGAGCUCCUAUUGGUGAGGCACCUAUUGCUGUGGAGUCUGACGAGACACUUCUUUCCAUAUUCGUGACUAAGUUGAGCCCGGCCUUUCCAUUCGUCGUUCUACGCCCUGGAAUUUCCGCUCGGGAGAUGGAGAAGACAAAACCCAUACUGUUCGCAGCCAUUAAGAUGGUAUCCUCAGUCAGGAAUCUGAAGUCCAUGAUGGCGCAGGGCUAUGCUAUCAUGAGACACAUCACCGAGCACCUUCUCAUGCGGUCACAAAGGUCUUUGGAAUUGCUGCAAUCUAUUCUUGUAGUCAUCGGCUUCUACCAUUAUCAAUGUAUGAUGCAUACACAGAUGUCGAACCUCACUGCACUAGCCUGCAGCUUGGCAGCGGAUCUCGGAAUCGUCAAACCGCCAGAGGUGCAAGAACGAACUAGAAUGCUCGUGCUUAAUCCGGAGUCACCAAAUCCUAGGACAAAUGACGAACGGCGAGCACUCUGCGGUAUGUGGUAUAUGAGCUCAGUUGUGUCGUUUACGUUCCAAAGAACGGAUUCUGCUAGGUAUACGCCUUAUAUCGAUCAAUGUUUGCGUGAGCUUGAGGCAGGGAAAGAGGUCGAAACAGAUGCGCUUUUAGCCCAGCUCAUGCGUAUUCAGCAUUUAUCAGAUCGAAUUGGACAACUUCAAUCCAAAGACAAGGUAGAUGACAGUCUUCCAGGCAUUCCGAGGGCGCCCGUUAGCGCAUAUCUCAAUGCUUUCCAGACGGAGUUGGAGAAAUUCAAGGAACAGAUUCCGCGGCAUCUUCGUGGACACACCAAGCUAAAAUUAUGGGAACCACCGGCUGUUGACGUGAAAAUACUCGACAGCCUUUCUGAUACAUUUACAUCCUUCUCUCUCGAUGGACCCUCGGCGCUAGACGUCUUCUACAGGGCACAUGGAGCUUUAAAGUCUUGGUUUGAGUUCUGGCUAUCCAUCGACAUCACCGACUACUUCUAUCUCCCCAUGCCCGUGUGCGCCCAACUUCUUGUGGCAGUUACGUUAUUAUCAAGGUGGGCCAAGCUUGCAGGUGCCGACCCAUACAACGCUUCUUCGAAUACACUAAGUACACUCCACACAAAGCCUACAGCCGAAGGGCUAAUGGACCCUUCUUCCUACGAACUGUCAGCAAAUGCUGUCGCGGAGCCAAAGUUCCCCGAUGCAGAACCGGCUGUUGCGUCUGCUAUCGCCAAAAUCAAGGCCCAUAUCCGUUCACAGCCGGGACUACAGCUCGACGUAGUUGGCAUCCUACGUGCACUAGUCAGCCGCUUUGAACAAGCAAGGUCCGAAGUUAGCGAGGUGCAAGGUGGUGCAUGGGAGAACAACAUUUGGGAUCUCGCCGCCAAGAAGAUCAGCAUUACUAAGCUGAAGCUAGAACGAUGGGCAGAAAUUGUAUCAGCCGUUGGAGCCGAGGGAUUGCUGGCUAGGAAAUACUUGCCCGGGGACGGCCCGAUUCAAGAUGGUGUUGAGUCAAGCUCAGAGGCAGCAGCAGUAGCAAGCCCAAUGGAGGGCGUCGAAAAAUCACAAAGCAUUGAGUUCAUGCAACAACCGGCCGGCCCGGAUGGGUGGCAAUAUAAUAACAACAACUUCGCUCAUGAUCUUUUCGACGGGCUUGGUCUGGAUCAAAACUUUUUCUACGACGAUGGAGGAGAUUAUGGUACGGCCAUCCUCAACAACUUGAACAAUUUCAAUGGUUUCACGUACCAAGGUCCAGCAAUCUGA